UUUACUCUUACACAACCGUGCCUUUUCUUCAUUCUGCCUGCACGUACUCGCCGGUGUGUGGUCACCCUCCACGUUUUUAAUUUUUUACUUUCCCCCACCCCAAACAAACGCGCAGGAAAUGAGUGGGGACCAUUCCCACAACGAGGACCAGAUCGACUGUGGCUCUCGAGUCAAUGACUCUCACAAGCAUAAAGACAAGUACAGAGAUAAGGAACACAAACAUAAGGACCACAAAAAGGAUAAGGAACGGGAGAAAUCCAAGCAUGGCAACGGCGAUUACAAAGACUCCUCUGACAAAAAACACAGAGACAAGGAGAAGGAAAAGAUGAAGCACAAAGAUGGCAGCGCAGACAAAAUCAAGGACAAGCACAAGGAGAAGAAGAUAAAGCUCCUUGAUGGUAAAAUAAAAAAGGAAAAAGAGAAUGGCUUUGCCAGCCCCCAACAUGUGAAGUCUGAGCCUGAAGAUGACUUUUACUACUCUCCUAAACACGAGAAGUCUCUAAAAAGAGAACGAGAUGAUGACAAUGACUCUGAAUUCAAGCCCAAGAAAAUAAAGACCGAAAAUGACAAGAAGGCAAAGAAAAGGAAACAAGAAGAGGACAUAAAGUCUAAAAAGAUGAAAAACAAAAAAGGAGAAGUCGCUGAUGGAAAAAAGAAAGCAAAGAAAGAGCCAGAGGAGAAGUGGAAAUGGUGGGAAGAAGAGAGAUACACCGACGGUGUCAAAUGGAAGUUUCUGGAACACAAAGGGCCAGUGUUUGCACCACCAUACGAGCCUGUUCCCAGCAAUGUCAAAUUUUACUAUGAUGGUAAAGUUAUGAGGCUCAGCCCAGAAGCAGAAGAGGUGGCCACGUUCUUUGCAAAAAUGCUGGACCACGAAUACACCACAAAGGAUAUUUUCCGCAAGAACUUCUUCAAAGAUUGGAGGAAGGAAAUGACCGCAGAGGAAAAAAGUAAGAUCACAGACCUGAAGAAGUGCAACUUCGGCGAGCUGAGCGAAUACUUCAAGGCACAGUCUGAAGCCAGAAAGUCCAAGACAAAGGAGGAUAAACUGAAAUUAAAGGAGGAGAAUGAACGCCUCUUGCAGGAGUACGGUUUCUGUAUCAUGGACAACCACAGGGAACGCAUCGCCAACUUUCGCAUUGAGCCCCCGGGCCUAUUCCGCGGCCGUGGAGACCAUCCCAAGAUGGGCAUGCUCAAGCGUCGCAUCAGGCCUGAAGACAUCAUCAUCAACUGCAGCAAGGACUCCAAGUACCCCCAGCCUCCUUCGGGCCGAAAGUGGAAAGAGGUUCGUCAUGACAACAAGGUGACUUGGCUGGUGUCGUGGACGGAAAACAUCCAAGGUUCCAUCAAGUACAUCAUGCUGAACCCCAGCUCUAGGAUCAAGGGAGAGAAGGAUUGGCAGAAGUAUGAAACAGCCCGUAGACUGAAGAAAUGUGUGGACCGUAUUAGGAACCAGUACCGCGAAGACUGGAAGUCCAAGGAGAUGAGGAUCAGACAAAGGGCUGUGGCGCUAUACUUCAUCGACAAGCUGGCUCUGAGAGCGGGUAAUGAGAAGGAGGAAGGGGAGACGGCCGACACCGUAGGCUGCUGCUCGCUGAGAGUUGAACACAUCAAACUCUAUCCGGAGAAUGACGGUCAGGAGUAUGUGGUGGAGUUUGACUUCCUGGGUAAAGACUCUAUCCGCUACUACAACAAAGUCCCUGUGGAGAAAAGGGUAUUUAAGAAUCUUCAGUUGUUUAUGGAGAACAAAGAGCCUGAUGACGACGUUUUUGAUCGCCUGAAUACUUCUAUUCUGAACAAGCACCUUCAGGAACUGAUGGAUGGUCUGACAGCCAAAGUUUUCCGUACCUACAACGCCUCCAUAACCCUGCAGCAGCAGUUGAAACAGCUCACAAAUGUGGAUGAGAACAUUCCAGCCAAGAUAUUGUCCUACAACAGGGCCAACAGGGCUGUGGCCAUCCUGUGUAACCAUCAAAGGGCUCCGCCGAAGACAUUUGAGAAGUCUAUGCAGAACCUGCAGGCUAAGAUUGAUGCUAAAAGGGACCAGCUGUCUGAUGCCAGGAGAGAACUGAAGAGCGCCAAGGCCGACGCCAAAGUACGGAGGGACGAAAAAUCCAAAAAGACCGUGGAGACAAAGAAGAAGGCAGUUCAGAGGAUAGAGGAGCAGCUGAUGAAGCUGGAGGUGCAGGCGACCGAUCGCGAAGAGAACAAGCAGAUUGCCCUCGGCACUUCCAAGCUCAACUAUCUAGACCCCCGCAUCUCUGUGGCUUGGUGUAAGAAAUGGGCCAUUCCUAUUGAAAAGAUCUACAACAAAACCCAGCGUGAGAAGUUUGCCUGGGCCAUUGACAUGGCAGAUGACGACUUUGAAUUUUAAAUCCCGGUUUUAGUGGUUUUAAAUGAUACACUCUUUUUUUUUUCCCUCCCUUUAAAAAAAAAAAUAAAUCUGAUACUUGUUUUUAUUUGUUAGCUUAGCUGAAUUUUGCUCAAUGGCCAGAACUGGCAACGAAUUUCAGAAAGUCUGAGCAGAAAAACAAUGGCGGCACGGUGAGAUGAGAAGACAGGGCCAUGAUGAAAUGGCAGGAGGGAUGUUGUGGGUACUCAAAACAUCUGUCUGAGAUCAGGCAACAGGCUGAACUAUACCCACAGUUGAGCAAAGGCAUAGCCCCAGUAAUCAGAAGACCCUUUUACCUUUGUCCCUCUCUCUCUCUCCUCAGGGGCUAAAACCCAACAAUGCCUGAACUUUGAACUCUGUGGUCCUACAGCUACUGUGUUAAGCAAAAACAGAAACUGCUUUGUAUCAUUAUUUUUUCUUUGGUCACUUGCUCUGUAUUUUAUCCCUUCCAUGUAUUAUUAAUGAAUUCUAUAUUUUGAUAGACAAAGAUAAGUCGAAUGAAUUCCUUAAAAUACACCCCACGCGCCUUUUUCAAGGAAAUGUUGGCUUGACUUUUGAGGUGUGUGCGUGCAUGUGUGUGUAUGACGGGCUCGACCAUGGAAGCUGUUUGUUUGGGUGAAUAUUUUAAACUGGACUAUGUUGAAUUGUUCAGCAUGAAAGAGGAUGUCUGGGCAGGCAAAGGGGGGAAAUUACUACAACCAUGUCAAUAUUUACUUAAGCAAGCAGAAUGUGAAUAUUUUGUUUUACAUCCUCUAUCAGGGACUUAUUUUUCAGUGUAAAUGUGAACCAAUCAUUUGUAUCCUCUUGAGUUGCGAGCAUCCUCUGAAUCUCUUCAUAGCCCUGUUUUUUUUAAAUGAUUUUAACUUAAUUUAAAAAUUAUUCCAAGGAAAAAAACAACAACGUGCGCAUCUGUUACUUGAAGAUAAUGCUAUGAUGAUGUAUUUUAAGUCGGAAAAUUGAAAGUGUUUUUCUUCUGGAAGGGUAAGUGAGGGAAUUAAACUUUGCCAAAAAAAAAAAAUCACCAAUCUGUUACAAUUUAGGCAGUUUUUUGUUUUUUUUAAAUUGUGUAAAGGUUGAGGAUAAAGUAAUGUAACAUUUAAUGUGAAUUAUCAGUUCAUUUUAUUCCACUCCGUUUUCACCUAUGAUAGGAACGUUGAUGUAAGUAGCUGUAAAGUCAACAGCCUAUUCCUGUUUUAUCUUUUGUCAUAGCCUUUGAUCAUGUUUUUGAGUUUAAAUGCUCAUUGUAGGUUGAAAAAUGAAUAAAAUCCUACAAGUAAA